AUGUUCAACGACCAUUCAAAAACAAGCAUCGCACUGAUCGUGUUUUACAUCCCCGCCUUUAUCCUGGCAGCCUAUCAUGCAUGCUACCGACACAAGCGGCCUCGCCUGUCAUGGAUCAUCUUGUUGCUUUUCUCUGCCACUGACUUGAUGAUAGUUCGACUGGCUGCCGGCAUUGUCGUGAUCCUCUACGAGCACAAACCCCGCACCGGGCUGAUGGUCGGUUCAAUCAUCCUGCUCAACGCGGGCGUGUCUCCCUUGCUAGCAGCCACCCUGGGAUUCCUUCGGAUCAUCCUGGCGCACGAGCCAAAGGUGAACCCGCAAAUCGGUCGAUGGCUACUGAUCUCUCGCCUUCUAUUCUUCGUGGGACUCGGUCUUCAGAUCGCCGGCGGCUGUCUGGAGGGCAGCAACAGCAUCAGCGACGUCGACACCGGCAUCAAACUCGUCAAGGCGGGCUAUAGCUGCAUGGCGGUUUUUGAAGCUUGCUUGCUCGUCGUGCAGGCCUAUCUCUGGAUUCACCGUCAGGAGAUUUCCCAGUUGAGCCAAACGAUUCUUCAAUCCCUGGCUCUAGCCCUCCCGUUUAUUAUCGUGCGCAUUACCUACCUCUUCCUGUCCGUGUUCCAGGCAUCCGACCUUCGCUGGAAUGAUUUGGUCGGGCCUAUUGCGCCGUUUUUGCUCAUGGGGCUGCUGAUGGAAUACGCUGUGGUCUGCAUAUAUCUCGCCACCGGGUUUAUUAUUCCGAGUUGGAGAAACAUGAAGGGAGAGAGGGUGGUCUCUGCUUCGGGGUAUCCGUUGGUAGAGGAUUGUUGA